CCUGGCCUGCGCUCAGCUCCCGCGGCGGCCGUGGGGCGCCGGGGCCCGGCGCGGCAUGAGGAGGAGGCGGCUCAGUGCAGGCGAGCGCCCGGCUCCUCGGCCCCCAGGGCCCCCGCGGGCCCCCUCGCGUCGCGCGCGCCGGUUGCGGCCCCGGCGCCCACGCUAGCCCCGCGCAGGCACGAGACGCCGCGGCCCGGAGCAGGAGGCGGCGCAGGCCUGCGGAGAGGACGCGGGCGGUCGGGACCCUGAGCGCGGGGCUUCGCGGCUGGACCCCACCGGGCACGGGCAGCGGAGCCGGGCGUGCUGCAGUUCUCUGCCCCUCUCCGCAGGGGCGCCGCGGCGCGCAGCCUGCGCCUCUCCGCACCUGCAGCCCCUCCUCCCGCCGCUGCCUGGCGGAGAAAACGCGCCUCCUUGCCCUUCCCAGGCCUCCUCGGAUCCCCCCGUCCCUUCUCCCUUCUCCGCCUCCGCGCCUCCCCUCCCCCGACUCUCGGGCUUCCCAUUCAUUCCAUCCGCUCCUUCCCAUUGCCUCCUUUCCGCUCGGUCCCUGUCCCCAGAGCCUCCCCGCGUGGACCCCGCUGCAGUGUCGGGGUUCUCAGCACAUUUAUGGAAGUUUAGGGCCUUGACAGUGGCCCCGAGUCCGGCCUAAGAGCGCAGCUUGGGCUGCUUGCCGGGAAGAGGAAGAUGUCUGUGCUCAGGCGGAUGAUGCGGGUGUCCAAUCGCUCCCUCCUCGCCUUCAUCUUCUUCUUCUCCCUCUCUUCGUCCUGUCUGUACUUCAUCUAUGUGGCCCCGGGCAUCGCCAACACAUAUCUCUUUAUGGUACAAGCUCGAGGUAUAAUGUUGAGAGAAAAUGUGAAAACAAUAGGUCAUAUGAUCAGACUGUACACAAAUAAAAACAGUACGCUCAACGGUACAGGAGGAUUCCUCAAUGUCAAUGUAAGUGAAGUCAGUUUUGAUGAAAUUCAUCAACUCUUCUCCAAGGAUUUAGAUAUCGAGCCAGGGGGUCAUUGGAGGCCAAAAGACUGUAAACCCAGAUGGAAGGUGGCAAUUCUCAUUCCUUUCCGUAAUCGCCAUGAACAUCUUCCAAUUUUUUUCUUACAUCUGAUUCCAAUGCUCCAGAAACAAAGGCUGGAAUUUGCCUUUUAUGUCAUUGAACAGACUGGCACACAACCUUUUAAUCGUGCGAUGCUCUUCAAUGUGGGCUUCAAAGAGGCCAUGAAAGACAGUAUCUGGGACUGUGUAAUCUUCCACGAUGUGGAUCAUCUACCUGAAAAUGACCGGAACUAUUACGGAUGUGGAGAAAUGCCACGUCAUUUUGCUGCAAAGCUGGAUAAAUACAUGUAUAUUCUUCCAUAUAAAGAGUUUUUUGGUGGUGUAAGUGGGCUGACAGUGGAACAAUUUAGAAAGAUCAAUGGUUUUCCUAAUGCCUUCUGGGGAUGGGGAGGAGAAGAUGAUGACCUUUGGAACAGAGUUCACUAUGCUGGAUAUAAUGUAACCAGACCAGAGGGAGACUUAGGAAAAUACAAGUCAAUUCCUCAUCACCAUAGAGGUGAAGUCCAGUUUUUAGGACGGUAUAAACUACUAAGGUAUUCCAAGGAGCGUCAGUACAUCGAUGGGUUGAACAAUUUAAUAUAUAGGCCAAAAAUACUGGUUGAUAGGUUGUAUACAAACAUAUCUGUAAACCUCAUGCCAGAGUUAGCUCCAAUCGAAGACUAUUAAAAGAAGUGGCCCUCAUGGCAACAUAGACCACAAUGCUGGAUCAUAAAUUUGGAGUGCACUCUUAGUGGACGUCAGUGAUUGGCUGUGUCACAGUGCCCCCUUUUCUGAGAAGAGCCAGCUGUCCUCAAUGUUUACAGAGUGGGAAUAUACAUACAAUCACCCUUCUCUCACCUGUCCUCCCUGCUCUGAGACAUGCCCCGACGGUGAGCACCGCAGAAACUAGAAGCCACUACUUAAGAUUGGAAGUUAAGAGAGCUCCCUAUGAAGAGAAAAUUUUUAUACUAAAUCUAUAAUUUAAUUCAAGAGAAUGCUUUUAUUUCCAUUUAAACAUAUUUUGUAUAUAUGUGAUAUAAAUUAAGGUGUGCAAAUUGUUAAAAAAUAAGAUGUGUUGCAAUUUUGCAUGUAAUUGGUUAUACCUUUAUUGGACUUUUAUAGACAUUUUUUAUUUGCAUGAAAAAAACCUCACUAAAUUUAUGCCACUAAACAAAGGUUAACCCUUGUGUGAAAUGAAGGAACUGUCAAUAAUUGACAGCCAACUAAUACAGUAAACUGUUAUACUAGUUUUGAGCUUUAGACCUCAGCCUUUUGUGUGGAAGAAGUCACAGCUUUCUUAGGCUUUAAAGGGAAAGAAGAAAAGACUUAAACAGCUUUUCUUCCUACCAGUAUUACCUAUGUUUUUCCUUGCUUGCAGUCUCAUCUGAUUUUGCUAGAAAUCACAACCAUAUUGUUUAUGCAUAUUGCAUGAGUAUUACCAAGAAAAUCUUAAAAGUUGUGAUGUGACAUGAUAUAAAGGACCUCUUUAUGUUAAAUGUCUUUCAUGUACCUCUGGUGUGUCAGGGAUUUUGUGCCUCAAAAAAUGUUUCCAAGGUUGUGUGCUUAUACUCUGUAUUUUUUUUAAAUUCACAGUGAACAGCACUUUUAUUAUUUCCAGUUUAGAAGAGCCAAAAAAAGUAUCUUCAUUUAAAAAGAAAUCAAGUCAGCUUUUUUUAAAAGAAUGAUCUAUGGAAGAAAACCCAAUAGUGCUUAUAAUAUACAAAUGAAUUAUACUAUUAGAUAAGAAUUAAAUGUUCUAUUUUUAUGAAGAUAAAUACUUAGCAGAUAAAAACAUAUUUUAAGUUUAGUUCUCAGGCAUAGAAUUUCGCUUUUGGAGGGGACCCUUGAAUGUUAGUCAGUUUCAUUCAAACUAUAUAUAUAUAUUUUUCACUUUUAAGAGAUUAUAUAUCUGGUGUUAAUUACUAAAAUUUCCUUUCUAAAAGUAUAAUUUAAUUAUCUUAAAAUACAUGAUCAGUUAUUAAGUGCACUGAUACUAUAAUGUCUUCUAUAUGUAGUAUCUUGUAUGUUUCCAUGAGUGUCAGGGCUUUGUCCAGUUGUCUUCAUAUGACAGUUCUCUGAAAAAGGGUCUUACUACCUGAUACCAAGUACCUAUCUUAAUUUUGGAUGAAGUUUUCCACAGCAAAGCCAAACAGUGUUCUUUUUUGAAAAUUAGCAGUUAUAAAGAUUCUUUAAAAUAUCUUGAUAUUUUCACAAAUUUAAAACAAGAAAAUAAAGUAACUCUUCGACAACAAUAGGAAUCUAUAUGUGAGAGAGAUUUGUAUAAUAUUUGCCUCAAGGAUUGUUUACCUGAAACAGAACUAUGGUUAUUUAUCUCAGAUUGUAAGUUUUAUUUUGAAUGGCAAUAUUGAUAACACAAAUGACCACAAAAUAAAUUAGAAAAUAAUUGAAAUUCUUACACUUUGAGAAAAUGGAUAGCGUCUCUGUUAUGAUACCAAACAAAAUAUUUUCACAUUUAUUUAUUAGAAAUAUUUCCAAAAUAUUUAUCUUUUGUGGUACUCAAAAUAAUGAAAAAUCAAACUUUCUGAAAAUUACAAUAUUUAUAGCUUAUUUGUGUAUCAGUUCAUUUUCUGUGUCUAUUACUAAUGUAGUUUUAAAAGUCAAACUGGGAAUGUUAACAUUUGUUGAUCACUAAUGUGAUAGGGGUGUAAUUAACCCAAUAAUACUGAAAUAGUGGUGGGGAAAAUUAGGACUGUUUCUGAGUCUUACCAUAAAGGAAACACUUUUUUCUCUUUUUAAUAUGGAGCUGUCCACAUUGGUAUCUUUUCAUUUUUAUAUGCAUUUUACAAUUUCAAGGAAAUUUAGUACUACUAGUAUCUGCCUUAUUUUCUUAAGUGUGACGUUAAUUUUUGUUUCAGGAGUGAGAUAUAAACAUUUUGCUUUUUUUUUUCAGUUUUGAAUAUGGUUUGUUAUCCUGUGAAAACACUCAUUAGUUUGCUUUUUGUUUGGUUUGCUUUUUUAGUGUAGACCUAAAAUUAUUUUUGCCUAUAAACAGUGACCUUAAUGUGUUUCUGUAAGAUUGACAGAGCUGUGCCCAGUUAUCUUCAUUGUAUGACAAUAAAUCUAUUACAUAAAGAUUAACAAUUACAUUGCAAAUGCAAACUAUCUUCUUUAUAGUAUGUUUGGAGGAUUUAUUAAUGAGCAUAUAUUGAUUGCCUUUUCCAUAUCAGUGCAAUGCUAGGUAUGUCCAUGGAAAGAGUAUUAUUCAUUUCUAAACAAAUGAGGUCAAGAAAAUUGAGAUCUUUCUGAAAUUAUGAAGACAUCCUCUGAUAACUUAUCUGUUGUAUUUCCUAGUCUCAAAGUCAGGAAACCUGUAUAUGUGGACCUGGAGCUAAUAGGAGGUCCCUAUGGCACUAACUGGGAAAAUUACAUGGUGCUUUUCAACUACAGAAGGAAGUAAUGAUUAAUAAGCCUGUCUGUAAAGAAGAAAAGGGGAAGAGUAUGCAUUUGCUGUAACAUUGUAUCUAAUUCACAGUGGCGAUAGUUAAUUCUUCACAAAAACUAGGGUUUUAUGAGGAUUUUUAAAAUUUACAUUUAAAUUUUUGUUUUUGUGAAAAGGUAUUCAGUAAAGAUUAUAAUAUUAAGUAAAUACAGUUAUGUUUUAAAAACUUGAUUAUAUACCCUUUCCCAGCCAAGAUACUUAUACCUAUUCUGAAACAAAAUGGAAAAAUGUCCAAUACAAUAUUUUCUUUCUGGAGGCUUCCUACAAGUGAAAGCUGAUUUUGUGUCAUUUUAUUUGGCCUUUGCUUGUCUUUGAUGUAUUUCUUUAUGUAUUUUUCAAAUAAAUACUACUAUAGAUUUAUUGUCUUGGAUUUGCAAGUAUGCCUGUUGAGAGAACUGAACUGGUCAUAGUAUUUAUCAGAAAGAGGAAGUGUACUUAAGAUUAUUUUACUUAUUUAGAUGAAAGGCUUCUAUAUAAAUGCACUGAAAUAAAUGCUAGUAAUUUCUUGUA